AUGGGUCAGGAGCUGUGUACAAAGAGGCUACAGCCGGGAUGCAGUUGCUACCACCGUUCGGAGGGAGUGGAAGCGCACAGCUGUCGGAGAAGCCAGCCUGGGAGCGCCAAGGCUGCAGCGUUCGAGCUAACAGACAGAAAAGGAGCAUCAUGUUCCACGGCUUCAUUUUACCCCAGGGGACUCCAGGCUGUCAGUAGCCAGAAGCUGGAGAGGAAAAGGCCACGGAGCAACAGUGAUUCUUUUCAGGAAGAGAAUCUGCGGCAGGGGUUGCCAUGGAAGAAGAGCCUCCCCUUUGGGGCAGCCUCAUCUUACUUGAACUUGGAGAAGCUGGGAGAGGGUUCUUAUGCCAAGGUUUACAAGGGGAUUAGCAGGAUAAACGGACAACUGGUAGCUCUGAAAGUCAUCAGCAUGAACGCAGAGGAGGGUGUCCCUUUCACAGCCAUACGGGAAGCCUCUCUCCUGAAGGGACUGAAGCACGCCAACAUUGUCCUUCUGCACGACAUCGUUCACACCAAGGAGACUCUGACAUUCGUGUUUGAAUACUUGCACACAGACCUGGCCCAGUACAUGUCUCAGCAUCCCGGAGGCCUUCAUCCUCACAACGUCAGGCUUUUCAUGUUCCAGCUCCUGCGGGGCCUGGCAUACAUCCACCACCAGCACGUUCUUCACAGGGACCUGAAACCUCAGAACCUGCUCAUCAGUCACCUGGGAGAGCUCAAAUUGGCUGAUUUUGGUCUUGCUCGAGCCAAGUCCAUUCCUAGCCAGACGUACUCUUCAGAAGUGGUGACACUCUGGUACCGGCCACCUGACGCUUUGCUGGGAGCCACCGAGUACUCCUCGGAGCUAGACAUAUGGGGCGCAGGCUGCAUCUUUAUUGAAAUGUUCCAGGGUCAACCUUUGUUUCCUGGGGUUUCCAACAUUCUGGAACAGCUGGAGAAGAUCUGGGAGGUCCUGGGGGUCCCUACAGAGGAUACGUGGCCUGGUGUCUCCAAGCUGCCUAACUACAAUCCAGAAUGGUUCCCGUUGCCUAAACCUCAGAGACUGCAGAUUGUAUGGAACAGGCUGAGUGGAGUUCCUGAAGCUGAAGACCUGGCCUCCCAGAUGCUAAAAGGCUUCCCUAGGGACCGUGUCUCAGCACAGGAAGCCCUCACCCAUGAUUAUUUCCGUGUCCUGCCAUCCCAGCUGUGCCAGCUUCCCGAUGAGGAGUCUUUGUUUGCAGUUUCGGGAGUGAAGCUGAAGCCAGAAAUGUGCGACCUUUCGGCCUCCUACAGGAAGGGUCACUACCUAGCCGGCUUUAACAAAUGUUGGUGAAAAGAAAAGGUCAUCCCGAUCUUUCAGGGCUGUAGCCAUGCUGUUACUUUGUGUCCACUUACU